AGCUCGAGAGAAAAGCGGAGACGGGCAGACAUCAUUUCUCUCUCAGAGCCCUUUGGACUAUCCACACGAAGGCAAAGAGCCAAGAAAUAAAACAAAAAAUUCUGAACAGUAAUAUAUUUAUCUAAAUUAAUUUAGAAAAAUUAGCCAUGGCCGACACAGCUGUUGACACAACCGCAACUGCAGAGGUUACAGCCAAGGAGCUGAAAGAGAAGAAAGAAGCAGACGUGAAGGAGAAGGACAAGAAGAAGGAGGAGGAGGAGGAGGAGAAGGAGAAGAAGACCGACAACGGGGACGCACCUGCCAAUGGCACAAAUGGUGCUGAUCACAGUGACAAAGUGGAAAAAAAGAAAGAGGAGAAACACAAGAAUGGAGAUGGAGAUGCAGAGGAGGCGCCCCCUGCUGAGGAGACUGAUGCACAGCCUGUGAAGCGUGCAGCGGAAGAGGAGGAGGAGGAAGAGGAGGAGGAAAAGGUGGAGACAAAAAAGCAGAAGACAGAGGAAAAUGGAGAUUCAAAAGAGGCAGAAGUGAAGGCUUAGGUCUCUGUCCUUCUACUUGUUUGCAGCACUGUCCCACCGGCCUGGUCAACAUCCUGUUGUAGAGCUUGUGCUUUCUAUACCUUUUGAGAAAUAUUUCUUUUUGUUUGCUCCCAUGUUAUCACAUUGCACUGGAGUCCUGAAACAUAGUGGCCCUGCAUCCUUUUUUUUUAUGAAAUGUUAUUUAUUGGUCUUUAAAAUGAGCUUUUUUUUUUACUUGUACAAAUUGGGCCACACCAUGAGAUCAUUUUGUUUUCAUUUCUUGAGGUUUUAUAUCAGUAUGUUCGAAGCACAAUCUCUAUUAUGUCAGUGCUGACCAGAUGAUUCAUACGUACAGGCAGCUGCUCAACUCCUCCAUGGCUCAUGUUGACCUCUCGGAUUCACUUAAGGACCAAAGAUAAGUUUUAAGCAGGGGCUAAUGGACAGUUGUUAGCAUUAUUAGUUGAGGCAUCAUUUUUUUCUUGUGUUGAGCUGCUUGUUAAUCCUUGGCUUGGCUGCCCUGUUAACAUAACAGAUGGUGCAAAUGAAUAAAGGGGCUCUGUCUUGCGCCUCCAUGAUAAGAUCUCUUGACCUUGUUUAAUGGAGGCAGGAUUUUGCAAUGUUAAUUAACCCCUCUUAAAUCUUAAAGCUUUGGUCAUUUGUUCUGUAUGCAUUCCACGCAAGUUUGUACCAUUUAUACUUUGUUUUUCUUACAAUUUCAAUGAGUUUUAUGUUAUGGCUGGGUAGCCCAGUUUUGUGUCCAAGACUGCCUUUUUCCGAACCAGAAUGACAUUCGGUUACUUCAGCCACUGCUUUGUAUAUUCUGAUUAACAAAUAAAUUGUCUUUUUACUUAA